AGGUGAUAGUUAAAAAAAAAAAUAUGAACCCAGUUUUGAAAUUCCCUUCAUAUGACUGAUAUUGACCGGUAGGGACAAUACUAGCUUGGCCCUCUUUCGAUGAAAUGAAUGAUUGGUGCAUUUCUUCAACCGAAAGUCAUUGGCGUUUAUAUUUACGCUCUACUGGAAUGGGGCAAUAAAUCUUGAAAUAUGCAAAAAAUUAGAAGGUCUAGAUCUAUAGAUGAGUACGUGAGCCAUACGCGUCGGUAUAUAUCAGCGGCCAUAAGGCGUUUCUCAAAAUUAAAUGAGACCAAGUUAAACAACUUUUCAGUCAAGACUUAGUGAAACUUUCCAACAGUAACUUCCCUUGGUUUUACUUCCUUUUUCUUGUUUUGUCGGCGGGAAUCGGAAGGUCAAACAUCAUGCACUCUGGCGAUAUUAAUUUUAUAUAAUCAUUUUUGGUCAACAAGAGAACAAAAUCUUACAGCCUGUAACAUAAAACCAUAGAGUUACUCCAUUUUAAACUAGAGUCCGUACGAGUUCACGUGACACGGAAACGUUUGAGUUUGUUGGCGGCCAAUUUUUGUGGGGCUAAAAAGUUUGUUUACAUGUGAGUGGGCGUGUCUCUGCUCUUACGAGUUUUAUUUGAUUCUAACGUUGUGUAUUAAUCCAAAGUUAUUCUCUUAAAGGUACAAGCAUUUAAAACCUCUAAUCCCUUUCUGGAUUAACGUCUUAUUUGUUCCAAUCAAGUAUACGUUGUAUACACAGCCGCUUGGAGCUGUGAUUAGAAAGCAAAGUUGUUUGAAGUUCCCGUCCAUAUUGCAGGAACUAGUGGAGAUUGUUUCAGAGCUCUGUAACGAUUGUGUUCAAUUACAUUAGAGAAACGGAUAGACAUGAUACCUGUGCCAGGAGCACUUGAUUUUUAAAACUUUACUGUCAUAACCAGAAGUUAUAACCCUGUUGAAAGGGGGUGUGAUGUUGCAAGACAUAAUCAAUCAAUAUACAUUUAUACUUGUGUGUCAAGGGAGACAAUAGAUAAAUAAACAAACACGAUCGCUGCUAUGACAAUAGAACCACCGCUGUCCUGUAUGCUGAGUUUUACUUUUUGUUGUAGAGAUCUAGAACAGAGUUAAACAAUAUGUGAAGGGUGCUGACUAAAUGAGUUACUUCUCGGAUUCGAGCCCUAUGGAAAUCGUUACAUCACGCUUAUAGGUGAAGUUUUUACAAUUUAUAACUAGGAAAUAAUAUAAGGCAUGUUUUACUUAAAGAAUAUGACAUAUAUAGAAAAUCUGCAAAUUUGGCCCUGGUGUUGAUUUUGGGCUAAUAUCUCCAUUUGUGGAUUAUGAGAAGUAACUUAUUUUGUCAGCACGCCUCACAUAUAGCCUCUUUUACCAGACAUGUCAUGAGAGUCGGAAUUCUAAGUAAGGUACCGCUAUUUUUUCCAAAUGGAGAGUAAAAGUGAUUCGUUUCAAUGAAACAGUCCAUCUUUUACAACAACUGUUAAUUUUGUUACUUCGCGCCAUUUUAACACCUGUCUUACUACUACAGUCGAGUAGACACGGCAUCGAUGUGUCGUAAAAACACAUAAUAAAAAAAAAAUUAGAGCAGUGCAACAAAGCAAGUUCUCACAAAUUUAUCUCGCGAGAGUCUGUUUACACGAGUGGAAAUAUCAUUGUUAGACAAAUAAUUAUAAUGAAAAAAUGAGCUCAAAUCGACGAGUGUCUGCCAUUAUGACUAUUGGUCGAUUUAUCUACUGACAAAAAAAAAUUAACUCGUCCAUCAAUCUGCAGGUUUCUAAAGGUCAACUCAUGAUAGUUGCAUAAAAAAAAAAGGCACAGCCAGACGAAACAAAACGUUGUAUUUUGAAUCACUAAGAUGACUGUGAAAUUUUAAAGCUUUACCAUUCUGUGCUGAAUGUUUACUAAAAUAAUUAAAAUAAUGGGGUGAUUAUAUAAAGAUUGUAAAGCUAUGGGAGUUUGCUUUCAGCGGGAACUAGGAGUAUACAAAUGCUGUCUUUUAUUAUACUGAUUUUCUGUGUAGCUGAACAAAUCCAAUUACACAAAAAAGGAUACAUAGCCUGUCUUUUAAGAAAUAAUUAUAUAACAUAAACUUCAUUAUAACAUUUAAUACAUCUUGUUAUGCAACGUUAUUGGUAUAAUCGACAUCUUAAUCAAAAUUAGCUGCUAUAAUGUUUGAGCGUUUUGCAGGAGCACAAAGAGAGAACGAUGCUACAUGAUGGUUCUUUGUCUUUGAUUAAGUCUUGAUUUCCUGAUCCUGUGUGCUGAGCGUAUAAAUCAAAGUCUCUCCCUGAAAUAGGAGAGUAGCUUGGCACAAAAGUAACCAUCGUCGAGUCUCUCCUACCCAGAAUGUCGUUCUCAAACCUGUGGGUAAACAAUUCGACAGACUCUCGCGACGACAGCGUGCCUAUAACGGCGUCGCCUUCUCCUUUACAUUAUGACAUCGUGAGCGACGAGCAGUGGUACAUUGUCCAAGUGGUCAACGGGGUGGUCCUUUGUGGUCUCGUCAGUCUGUUCGGCGUGGUCUCCAACAUCAUCAACAUCGUGGUGUUUGCCAAGCAAGGCUUUCAAGACAGCAUGAACAUUAGCCUCAUGGGGCUCUCUGUGUCUGACCUGUGCUCUCUGGUGGCCAUGAUGUGGAUAAGCAUCUGCGUGAACCCGCUGUUCUACCUCUCUGAGCUGCCCUUUGACCCCAGGAAUAUCAUGCUCCCUACAGGAGCCAUACCUCGUUACCUCUUUGUCAAAAUCUCCACUUUCAUCACCGCCUUUAUCACCUUCGAGCGAUGUUUGUGUAUCGCUGUUCCUCUGAAGGUGAAGGCGAUCAUCACACCGGUAAGAACAAAGAUAAUCAUUAUCUCCAUCUACAUCACCAUGUCGAUUUUACUUAUUCCCUUCUGCCUUGGAAACAGACUUGAGUGGGUUUUCGAUUUCACGGUGAAUGCUACUGUAUUAAAAACUACGUACACGGCCGAGAGAGAACUGCUGGAAGCCAUUACGUAUCUCACCCAAGGCGUAUUUACUACGACGCUUUCUUUCGUCUUCGUCAUCUGCUGUACCAUCGUGCUUGUCGUCAAACUCAAUAGUAAAACAAAAUGGCGGCAGGCUACUGCUGUCAAGGGUGACCGUGCAGCGGCAGGAGUUGGGGUCAAGGAUCAAAAGGUUGUCAAAAUGGUGACCUUCAUUGCUGUCAUUUUCAUCGUCUGUUCCUUACCUUCUACGCUCCUGUUUUUCUAUAUGCUGUUUGACUCAGAUUUCCGAGUUGAUGGCGCCUAUCCGAAUCUCUAUUCUGUCAUUUGGUCUUCAUCAUUCCUAACAGAAACUGUCAACUCUAGCGUGAACAUAUUUGUGUAUCUGCAAAUGAGUUCGAAAUACCGAGCAGUGUUUUUAAAACAUUUUUGAACCAGCAGGAAAAAUAGCCUUUCACCUAAAGAGGAAAAUGUUUUCUCUUUAAUAACUGACGAAGAAAUAAAAUACAUAUUUAAGAUCAGAUCAGAUAAUAUGUUUAUUGUCCUAACGCUGGCACAUGUGUAUGGUGUUCCACUGCUCGCACGCACGCAUACACACACUAACACAC